AUUCUAGGGUGUUGAUUAUUGAGGGUCGGCCCUAUGAAUCCCUGCUGGGAAGUUGGAUGGUUCCAGAUUAUCUACAAAUAUUAAACUUAUCCACAGAUCCGGCUCAGCUGGUUCAUCUGUACCGAUUUAAGGGAAACGAUCCAAUCAAUGAUAUAAAGACGAAUUACUAUCAUACUCUGGAUUCAUGGUUGAAGUACUUUAAAUUUGACCUGGAACUAUUAAAAUCUCCACUGAUUGACCCUGACAGGAGCAAAGGUUAUAAAACCAAGAUGAUUGAAUUACCAAGAUACCUGCAAGUGGGAAAACCUCCACAAUCCAAAAAUACAGAUUUUUUAGAUCCCGCGCUGCAAAAGAUGUUUACUCUACAGUGUGAUCAAAGACGACCUGAAUUGGGGAACUUCUAUCACGUUAAAUCCCCGCUUCUUGGACCUAACAUUUUGAUUAAAAGGACAGAACACAAGUUGUUGACGCAAACUUUACCCGGAGCCAGCACUGUUGAGACACUAAUAGCUCAGGGUGCUGGGUCGCAGCAGAUUUGUUUAUUAGAUGGAUUGGAAUCCGCGGAUUACGUCGAGUCAAUCCUAUCGGAAGACGACAUUUAG